UUCGGGAGUGCGACAACACAGCCUGCGCUUGAAUUAAACUACAGAAUAUAUAGCACUAUGCUGCUGUUUCUCUGGUGGAUUGCUGGCUAUUUAAUACUCGAGUCCGGGAGUACAGACUCGCCCCUUUAUGCCCUAGAUCAGCCUAAUGUGGGCAGAUGCUUGGACUACUGCCACUUGAAGAACCUGCGAUUCCUGCUCUGUGUCGAUGCAGAUGGUCAGCUGUCGCACAAUCCCUAUAAGGACUGCAAUCGAGGAUUCUGCAAGGCCGAAGACUUCGAGCUGAACUAUGAAACGGAUGAGGGCUUGGAAGUGCGAAGCAAUCGCGUGGAGAAAACCAGAGUUGGUCAAAGGGCUUAUCUGAGAGAUCUGUGUUUAAAUGAAAGAGGAAUUCCCGUCAGACGCAGGUGUCAAAUUCGAAGUGGCAAUAGAGUUUGGCAAAGCCUCGAUCAUAUAACCUGUAGAUCGGCCCCAGAACUCAGCAAAAGUAUUAACCUUCUGGCUGUAAGCAGUCCGCCGGAUAUGAUUAGCCAACUCAGUAGUCUCCUCACUCAAUCCGAGGAGAAACUUGCCGCUGCCGAUGUCUUAAGUAUUUCGGAAAUAUUCGACUCGCUUGUUAGGAAUCGGGAAAGAAAUGCUGAAGUUGUCGGGGAUCUGAUGAAGAUUUGCCAAAAAGUGAUGACCACCGAUAACGAAACUCUGCGAAUUUCCGCUGAAGCAAAUGCCACCAAUUCCUUGCUAAGCAAUUUCGAGGAUUAUCUGGAUGCAUUGAGUCCGAAAAUGUUGCUACAAAACAUCAGCAAGUUUAACAACAGCUUGGAGUUUAAUUUUCAGUCUUUUCUGGACUUAGGAGUUGUGGUUCUCAAGACAAACGAGCUUAGUGUGUUCUUUGUGGAUCCAGACGUGGCCAAUGUUACCGGAGUUGCUGUCUUUUCUGAUGGCUUUACGUCAGAUUUUAAGAGACUACAUUCAACGGAUAACGAAAAUGAUAUAAGGGCGAUUGAUAACCUGGAGACUGCUGCAUUUCUACCUGAAACACUGUGGACGAAACUUAAGAAAAAGGGAGCCAAUUACCUAGUUUUUAAGGUCUACACGAGAGAUACUCUUUUUGUGGAGACAGAUGAGGAAAUCAAACGACGGCCCACUAGUAAUGUUAUCUCUAUAACCAUACCAGGAUUGGAAGAUCACAAGCUACCCGAGAAGUUGCCGUUUUUCCUGCGCAAUGGAAAUACAAAUCGAACACCAUCUGAGGGUGGAUGUGGCUAUUGGAACUACGAGACUUGGCUAAGUGAUGGAAUUUCCACGAGCGGCAGUGCCAGCUCAGAAAAUUCAUCAAAUCCAGUCAUCCUCUGUCAUGCCGAUCACCUCACUCAGUUCACAUUUCUACUGGGAGUUAGCAAAAUGCAGACUGGACUGGACACCUACGAAGAUGAUCGCACUUUGGAUAUUAUAACCAAUGUGGGAUUGAGUCUAUCGCUUCUUGGACUCUUUCUCAUUUUCCUGACUGCAGCCGUUUUCAAAAGCUUCAGGAUGUUGGCUUCUACAAAAAUAUUGCUAAACCUUUGCUCUGCCCUGGGUCUUCAGUUGCUGUUCUUCCUGAUUUUGAGUCAAAGUCAGUUGCUGGAACAGCUGGAUCAAACCAAUUUGGAUCGUUGUACGCUAAUUGGAGCCGUGAUGCAGUAUUUACUCUUAGUUGUAUUCAGCUGGAUGUUUAUCAUAGGCUUCCUGCAGUAUCAAAGAUAUGUCAGGGUCAUCGGGGUUAAUCACCCCAGACACUAUAUAUUAAUAGCAGCCAUUGUGGCAUGGACAUUGCCACUUAUACCCACCUUACUGGUUGUUUUUUUGAAGCCCGAUUGCUACAGACCCAGCAACAAUACACUGGAUACUCCUAUUCUGUGUUAUCCUUCGGGAUAUGGCUUGAGUCUAGGAGUUAUACUACCAAUUGGCCUGAUUACUGUGGCCAAUGCCCUUAUGGUGGGCUACAUCACCUGGAGUGUCUACAAAACUCUGUUCACUCGAAAUCUCAUUUUAAAGCAAUUGGGUCUCUUCGUACUACUCUUCUUUCUCCUGGGAAUCACUUGGAUUUUCGGGCUGUGUACCUAUUUUGAUUUUGGAAGGAUCUUUGCCUACCUUUUUUGCCUUACAGCAACACUACAGGGUUUCGUUUUAUUCCUAUACUUUAUAGUCUUCAAUAAGGACAAUCAGAGGGCCUGGUUGGGUCUCUGUUGCAAUUUGCGCAAGAAGAGCGACCAGGAAACUAUCGAAAUGCCCACGGAGUCAAUUUUAAAACGUUCAAGCCAGUCAUCAACUCAUAUUACCAGUAACUAAGUAUACAAAUUAGCUAAGUUAGUUUAAAGCAAAUUGUAAAAAAAUAUUUA